UAGAUGAUAAAUAAAAUAAUACAGAAAUAUAUAAAAAAAAAAGAAAGUAAAAAGUGUGUGUUUAAUUAAUUUUUUAUAUAUUGUCAAUUUGUUUUUGUAUUUUUGCCAAAACAAAAGUAUUGAGAACCUCUGCGAACUCCUCCACCUUCUACGAUAUACACGAGAUUCGUUUUAUAAAUGUGUGUGAGUGUAUGAUAUCAUGUAUGACGUCACCCUAUGGAUCAGUAUUCGUGGUACGGCUUGAGAAGCGCACGCACUUCAGUCAUUCACAGACGGUCAUCUAGCGAUCAUUUACCUUUGAGGUUAGUUGAAUUGUGAUACAUCUUUUCCGACUUUUAUUUAUUUUUUUAUUGAUUUCUUUUUCUCUGUUUUUCUUUUUUGUUAAACUAUUGUUUCAUGAGAAAUAAAAAAAAAAAGCGCGCUUCUGUGCAUGUGUACUUAUGUGUGUGCUUUGCAUGUUUGUGUAUAUAUAUAUUGUUAAAAAACUUUAAUUUCUUAUCAAUAGAAGUAAAUCCGUCUCUAUCGAUUUUAAUUCUUUUUUUUUAAAUAUCGUAUUAUUAUCUACUUUUUUUUCAAUAUCAAAUGAGAUUAAAUGAAAAUGAUAAAUUAUAUCGCGAAAAAAUAAUAUAGUGAAUUCACGAUUCUUUAACUUGCCACUUUCUUUGAUGCUGACUAUUUAAAAAUAACUACUGACGGCAAACCUAACGUGUUUUAAUACUUAAACACGCCCAUGCUGAUGUCGCUCAAAGUCUUCUUAAGAAAUUUUGUAUAUUUGACGCUUAACAAUAUGACGCUUUAAACUAUACGAACUUCAAUACAAACUGAUCCCGCCAACUACAGACGUAAUAGCGUCGGAUCGAAGAAACGAAGAUGUUGAUAACCUUGAAGAAUCCAUGACCGAAAUACGUUUGGUCCCAUCAUAAUAAACAAUCAUGUCUCAUUCUGUAAUAAUUAGAACGCAAACAGUGACGACCAAUUCAACUGCGAUUGUUAUUAAUACAGGAUAUAUAAAAACUUGGAGUGGAAUUUUAAAAUUUUUACAACUCGCUUUGGGAAUCGUUUGCGUAGGCAUUGCCGGUGAUCAAUUUAGACCGAGAUAUUAUAAUACAACCACGGAUCUAUUCUUCCUUUUAAUAGUAACAACGUUUAUGAUAGGAACUUUUAUUUUGUUACUAAGCUGUUUGUCUUCCCUUUCUACCGCAUCUAUAAUAUCGAAAACGAUAUACGAACUAUUUUAUCAUUCAAUAGCAUUUGGUCUUGUUCUCUCUGCAUCCUUGACAUUACUGGUACAAGUAAAUAAAAAUAAUUCUAGAGAAUACGAAUUGCUGUUAGGUGCUUCUAUUUGCGGUCUCGUAAAUUCAGCGCUGUAUUUGCUUAGUACAAUAAUAGCACUUCGUACGUACAGGGGUAUUUAAGUGCUAUUGACCUAAUGGCUCCAGUUAUGAACAAAACGAUGGAAACUAACUUAUAUUUAUAAUGCUUCAAAUUAAUUUAAUUGGAAUAUAUAUAUAUAUAUUUAAAUAUAUAUAUUUAUAUACAUUACAUAUAUUAGUUAUAUAGGUAUAUAUAUAUAAAUGAUUCAACUGCCAAAUAACUUUGAAAUAAUACUCCUUUGGCGGUUUAGAUUUGUGUAAGUGACAUCAGAACUAAUAUAGUACUUAUUUAUUAUUUUUUGAUAACGUAUUACAUAAAUAUUUAUAAUGUUUUUAUAGAAAUCAAGUUCAUACCAUAGUAGCUAUUUAAAGUCUCAUUUAAUAUUUUUGAAUUAAAACAUUCUGUUAUAUACCUAUA